AUGGCGCCGACACCCCCGGCGGGCCCAGAUGACACCGCAUUGGAAAGGAUAAGGGAAGAACUUUGGGGCCUGGCAGCCUCUAUGGCUACCAAUGUGGACCUGCAACAACUCACCUCCAACAUCCAGGACACGCUGAAGGCGGAGAUGGCGAGGAUCCGCUCUAAAGUCGCCUCACAGGCGAGUCGCAUCACCACGCUGGAGCAGGCGGCGGAGACCCAAACCAUCAGACUCAAUGCUGCAGACACAGCGGUGGCUCGGCAGGGAGACAUGGUCUUGGUCAUGAGGAGGCAUCUUGAGGACCUCGACAACAGGGGGCGCCGAUGCAACAUUCGCAUUCACGGUGUGCCGUAA